AUGACAUCUAACAGCGAUUGCAAGCUGUGUGAAAUAAAAAAACCAUUGGAUAAGACCCAAUGGAUUAGAUGUGAAAAAUGUAAGGAAUGGUACCAUUACGACUGUGUAGGUAAAACGGCCAGUGAAAUUGCUGAUAUUAGUGUUUUCAUUUGCGACGACUGUAGUCCUGAAUUUGGCUUUUCCAUCUUAAAAAGAGUGUCAUCCAGGAAAAAAGCGCCGAUUGAUUACCAGGCAUUAGACAAUGGUGAUACCAUUGGAUUUCUAAAGUUACAUCCCUAUUGUUUCUAUUUCAAAGGUUCACGUGCGAAUUUUAACAGCAAUCAUAUCAAAGAGUACACAGGGCCUGGCUUAUCGAAACUGUGGGGUGAUUUGAGACCGGAAGAUAUUCCUGAGCCCGCCAUUAUUCGCAGAAAAGAAUAUGACUCCCUUGAUAUGUCAGUUCCAUCAGAAUUGACGGUAGCUGAAGUUACGGAACUGUUGGGUGAGGACACUCCACUGGAAGUUAUGGAUGUUGCAACACAAGGAAACAGCACAGGCUGGACUUUAGGUAAAUGGAGAGAUUAUUAUUAUUUAGAGGAAAGCGAACGAGACAGAAUACGAAACGUCAUUAGCCUAGAGUUUUCGUACACUCCGCUAGCAGAAAAGGUUAAACGGCCUGCAAUUGUUAGAGAGUAUGAUUUGGUGCAACAAGUGUGGCCAUCAGAUCCCUCCGCAGAAUCCGAUUAUCCAAAAGUGUCAUUAUAUUGCCUGAUGUCUGUUGCGAAUUCCUUCACCGAUUUUCAUGUUGAUUUUGGAGGUUCAUCAGUUUUUUAUCAUGUGUGCCAAGGAGCGAAGACUUUCUUAUUCGUACCUCCCACUCCACAAAAUCUACAGAAGUACGAGAAAUGGUGUUUAUCAUCAGACCAAAAUUCGACUUUUUUCGGGGGCCUUGUUAAGGAAUGCUAUGAGGUUCGACUGAAAAAAGGCGACUCAUUGUUAAUCCCCUCAGGGUGGAUACAUGCCGUCUAUACGCCUGAAGACUCUCUGGUUAUUGGGGGAAACUUUCUUAGUAAGGAUAGCAUACCAAUGGAGCUCAAGCUAGCCGAAAUAGAACGAACAACUCGCGUGCCACGAAAAUUUCGGUUUCCCUAUUUUAACAGGGUGCUUUGGUACAUUGUAAUAUACUAUUCGAAGCCUGAGAACAAUAAGACCCUCAAAAUUCGCCUACAGAUUGGUUUACAGUAUUUGGCAUCUUAUAUAUGGAAAACCACCAAUAGCCCAGAUACAAAAGAAUACAAGGCAUUAAUACAAGCAUUGCCAGUUGAAUACAAGAAGAACUAUAAAACACUUGCAGAGUCGUUUUUAAAUGAUCUGGCGACAAAUGUUAUAAGCAGCAAACGGAAACAGGACUUGCCUGUUGAUUCUGCCGAUUCAAAAAAGAUCAAAACGGAGACAUCUUCUCCCACAGGUAUUAGCAACAGCUGCGAAAACACUUUUAAAGAGGAUGUCUAG